AUGAUGAGCUCUCAAGAGACCAUCGAAGAUCCUACAUUCAACAAAGAACCAGUAUGUGCGGCAAGUGCUCCGUAUACGUCCCAGGACGCGAUUGCUACGGGAAGUCGUUCGACCUCACAGCCUGAUCCUUCACCUAGACCAGACUGCAACGAUGACGUUCCACUUGGACAAAAGGAGGAUGAGGGUACCGGCAGCCUGCACGCUGUAUUGGGGUCCUUGCCAGACAAGGCGGAAGACGAUGACCCAUUGCCAACUUCAUCUGAUAGUCAUCCUACAAGCUUGCGAUCAUACAGCACUGAGUUGAGACGCGAAACCAAAAAUGUUCCAGCAGUUUUAGAAGAGCUUGAUGGCAGAAAGGAGGAGUUGAGAAGAGCACUCGUUAAAGCAGAGCAAUCUCAACAUGGGAGCAAAGGAGAGCAUGCCCAAAAACGGAAAAAACGGCGGACAAGUACCACCGGCUACGAUGAGCCCGGCCGUUUGAAGAGAAAGAAAAGCUGA